AUGCUUUCUUCCCACGCAUCGUGCUUUUUGAAAUGCGGAGUGACUUCUUCACUUCGCAUUUACCGUGGUUUGGCUGACUUAUCGGCUGUGUAUCGAGUCGCUCAACGGCCAAUGUUGGAGAAGUUCGCCACUGCCACCUUCAGGACGCCCCAGUCCUCUUGCAGUCGGCAGCUCCACAUUCGCGUUCAGGUGGACCCGGACACCGUGAAUUUCUCUCGAGAUAAGGCAACAGAUGCUAUGAUAAUUCGUCGGCUGUUUGGCUACAUCUGGCCCGCUGACAAUCCUUCCAUUCGCUACCGCGUAGUCACAGCAUUUGGGCUGCUUUUGGCUGCCAAGCUGGCCAACGUUGCUGUCCCUUUCAUCUUCAAGUACGGCGUCGAUGUUAUUUCUGGUGAUGCACCAGUCCUCCUAUCCAGCUGUUCUCCUACAACUAUGGCAGUCACCACUAUGCUCACUUGCAAGUAUGGUGCUAUGCGUGCAACCGCUUCUGGUUUGAACGAGCUUCGCAAUGGUGUUUUUGCAAGAGCUGCUCACUCCUCCAUUCGGAAAGUUGGCGCGGCCGUUUUCAAUCACGUCCUCUCUCUUGAUCUCGCCUACCAUCUUGACAGACGGACGGGCGCCAUCGGCAAGGCGAUAGAUCGAGGUGCACGUUCCAUCCAAUUCGUCCUCAUAGCUCUCGUCUUCAACCUCCUUCCAACUCUUCUGGAAGUCAGCCUAGUGACUGCAAUCCUCUUCCAUAAAUAUGGUUUCGAGUGCAGUACAAUCGCUCUCUUCUGCGUAGGCGUAUAUACAGCUUUCACCUUGACUGUGACCCGUUGGCGAACGGAGUUUCGUCGCGAGAUGAAUAAAGCCGACGGACUAGCGGGGAGUCACGCCACUGAUGCCAUGAUUAAUUAUGAGACUAUUAAGUACUUUGGAAACGAGGCCCACGAGAGCAGUGUCUACGAUGAGUUGCAGGGUCGGUUCGAGCGUGCCAGCAUCAAGACCUCCACCAGUCUGGCCGCCCUUAAUUUUGGCCAGGUGGCCAUCUUCUCCGCCGGUCUGGCUGCUACGAUGGCCGUAGUGGCGGGACAAAUCGACCCUUCCGCCAUCACCGCUGCUGUCACCGCUGGCACAGUCAAUUCCGGCCUCACUGUUGGCGACCUGGUGCUGGUUAAUGGUCUCCUUUUCCAACUUUCCGUCCCUCUCAACUUCCUCGGCAGCGUCUACCGCGAAAUCCGCCAGUCUCUUGUCGACAUGGCCACCAUGUUCCGACUCUUAGAGAUCAAACCAAAAGUUCAGUCUCUGCCGGGCGCUCCAGCGUUAAACGUGACCAAGGAUACUGCAAGCAUCGAGUUUCGUGAUGUCUGUUUCUCCUACCAGCAGGGCGCAGACUCCCCAGUAAAAAUCUGCGAUGGGCUGUCAUUCAGAGUGGAGCCAGGUCAGCGAGUGGCUGUGGUGGGGGAGAGCGGCAGUGGCAAAUCGACUCUUGUGCGUCUCCUCUACCGAUUCUACGAUGUCGAUGCCGGCUCCGUCCUCAUCGGGGGCCAGAACGUCCGAGAUGUUGAUUUGAUCAGCCUCCGCAGAUCAAUUGCUGUCAUUCCUCAGGAUACAGUGCUCUUCCAUAACACGAUUUUCUACAAUCUCAAAUACGGGAACCUCAGUGCCACUGAUGACGAAGUCUACGAGGCAGCGAGACUUGCUGAUGUGGACCAGACCAUCCAGCGCAUGCCCUUGCGUUACGAAACUCAGGUUGGUGAACGUGGUCUAAAGCUCUCGGGCGGUGAGAAGCAACGCGUCGCAAUUGCCAGAGCCCUUCUCAAGAAAGCCCCUAUACUCAUCUACGAUGAGGCGACUUCCUCCCUUGACACUAUCACCGAAGGGACGAUUCUCCGACGUCUAGCAAUUGCCACUCCUGGCAUCACUUCCCUCGUGAUUGCGCACCGUCUGAGCACCAUUGUCGACGCCGAUCGGAUAAUCGUCCUUCGUAGAGGAAGCGUUUUUGAGGAAGGCACACACCAAAGCCUUCUUGCUACACCCAACUCCUACUACUCCCACCUAUGGUAUCAACAAAUGACUGGCAAAUUGGAAGAUAAUAGCUGGAGCUAA